CUAGUAAUAGCCAAAUGGGAAUAUUGGGAUUACUUUCUAGCAGGUUCUAAAACUGCGAACACGAUUUGACCAUGGCGGAGAAAAAUAAGCAAGAAUAUACAAAAGAACAACUUGAAACACUUUUAAGGACUCAUGAAGCCGCAUGCAAUAAUGGACCAACUAUUGGAAAAAGGCACAUUCAAAUUGUACUAGCAUCUUGUAUAACUCUCCUUAACUAUGCCAUCAGAAUUAGUAUGUCCGUUAUCAUAGUUGCUAUGACAGAUUCUACUGCCAAUAAAAAUAAAGAUAUUCCGACAUACAACUGGACUGAUAAAAGCUUAGUAGUAUCUUCUUUCCUAUGGGGAUACGUGAUUCCCCAAGUUGCAGCAGGUUAUUUAGCUACUAUGCACGGAGCCAAAUGGUUUCUUGCUGGAUCUUUAAUAGCAAGUUCAACCUUAGGGUUGCUCGUACCCAUAGCUGCUGCUACAUUUGGAUCCAAAGGACUCAUGGCCAUACGAAUGUUGCAGGGACUGUCUCAAGGAGUUAUGUUCCCUUCAAUUCACGUGUUUCUGAGUAGAUGGGUGCCGAUUAAUGAAAGAAGUAGAUUGGGAACUUUACCAUAUGUAGGUUCUCCUGUAGGUACUGUUGGUUCAAUGCUGUUGACUGGCUUAAUUGCAUCUAGCUGGUACGGUUGGCCUAUGGCAGUUUAUUUUUUUAGUAGUCUGGGUCUAUGUGUGGGCUUAGUAUUUGCUUAUUUCGGAUGUAGCGAGCCUAGUAUACAUUCCACCAUAACUGAAGAAGAGAAAAAUUAUAUAUUAAAUAAUUUAUCUGGAACUGAGUCUACUGUAGAGAAAGAAGAGGUAGCACCUGUACCUUGGACAGAAAUACUGACUUCUUUACCAUUCUGGGCACUUCUUCUCGCACAAAUUGGAUGGAGCUGGAGCAAUUGGACGUUACUGCUAGAAACACCAAUUUACAUGAACCACGUAAUGAAAUUUGAUUUAAAGUCGAACAGUGUAUUGUCUUCUCUUCCGUAUAUUGCCGAAGCAGCAUCAGCAAUAUGUUACAGCAUAGUGGCAGAUUACCUUAUAAAAAAUAAAAUAUUUGAUAUUGGCCGGACUCGAAAACUUAUGAACGGCAUUGGAUUAAUUCUUCCAAGUAUUGCUCUAGUGGUUUUAGCUAACUGCAAGUCCAGUGAUGCUUACUUAGCAGUUGCAAUGCUAGUUUUGAUCGGGUUAACAGGAAGCUCUACAAGAAGUGGUUACAAUAUAAAUCAGAUAGAUUUAUCACCAAAUUAUGCUGGUAUUUUGAUGGGAAUUUGUAAUGGAACCAGCGCUGGGGUAUCUGCGUUUGGUCCAGUCAUGAUACAGUUGUUAGUCAAGGAUGAGAAUGAUCCAAAACAGUGGCGACAUAUCUUCUAUAUAGCAGCUCUUAUCUCUGUAUUGUUCUUCAUAUUUAACGCAGUUUUCGGUUCUGGAUCUGUUCAGCCUUGGAAUAACGGGAGCAAAAAAUACAGAGAAAAACAUUCAUCAAAAGCAGCCGAGGCCUAUCCAUAAGACACUCGAAUAUAACCUGAGAAGAUAGAAAAAAUAGUGAUGGCUGAAUGGUGUAGACAGAAAAAGUGACCUUUUUUUAUAUAAAACAUUAAAACAGUGAAUAUUGAUUGUCACCGAAAUUUUAAUAUAUGCCGAGAUUCAUCUUUCAACAAAUAAAUACUAAUUUUUUGUUUUAA